GGGGAAGGAAAGAGGGGCAGAGGAGGGAAGUGGACUGCAGUUCGGGUGCAGAUUUUUGGGAGCGAGGACCCUAAACGCCGGGACGUGGCAUUGGCUGAGGGAGAGCCUGGCGGGAGCUGCCGCUAGCACAGGGAGCGCAUUUAUUUCUUUGGGGACAGGCGGGGAGAUAAGAGCGGGAGGGAAAGGAAUUAGAGUUGAAGCCGAAGUGGAUGAAAGGGGACCGGGGCUUCUGCCGCGCAGGGAGCGGCGAGCCGGGGCGAUGGCGCUAAGGCCGGCGCGGAGUAGUUGCGCUUCCAAGAACGCGUCUCCUCGCAGAUGACUGACUAGCCGGCGUCGGGAAGGUCUGCGCCAAGAGGAACCAACUUGUGGCUCCAAAAUCUACCCGACGCAGCUGGAAAUGGGAUCAAAGCUGCAGUUUCACUGGAGAAGGAUGAGAGGAGCCAGCGAUUAGGGACUUUUUUUAUACCUCCUUCGUUCCGUUUUUCUAUUUUCCUUUUUCUUUCCUUAUUAUGAUUUUUACUUUGCCUAACACCGCGUCGGUCCCCUCACUUCGUCCUCCCCAUUUGAAAUAAAAGCCCAGUUUGAACUUCUUUCGCGGCGGCGCCGCGGGAUCCGCUGUCCGCUGAUGGAGGCGAAGGGGACCCGGGUCCUGGCAGGGGCAACCAGCGAGGGAUCGCGUCACGCGUCUCCCCCGUGAUCCCGGCCCUGCUCGCGGAGUUCUGCAACACCUGGAGGAACUGGACCGGGUGCCGGGGUGGGGGCGGGGAGAGAGGAAGCGAGAGCCACCCGAGCCUUAAAAAAAAAAGAAAAAAAGAAGUAGAGGGGGGAGGAAUGGGUUUCUUCUUGACAGCUGACGGAGCCUUGAAAUUUUCCUCCACUACCCCCGCCCCCGCCCUGGCCCCCGCCCCCCGCACUCCAUUUAACGUGAGAUUAUGAAAUUGCAGAGGCGGUGGAGGGAAGGAGGCAAGAUAUAACAGGGAGUUUGGAGGGAGAGGGGAAGGUGGCUGGCCGGGCGGCUGAAAUCAAAAAACCCAAUUGCGCACUGGGUUGUGAUGAGAAAUCUAAUCAGAUCUUUGGAGAAGGGGCCGGCCGGAAGGGUGGCGAGUGGGGGGAGUUGAUCCCCACAUUCUUCGAAAGGGGGUGCUGGGGAGAGGAUUCGACGAUGUAAAAGGAGACUUUUUUUUUUUUUUUUUUUGGUGGCGGUGGCGGUCGGGUGCCUUGCAGAAAUGAAGGAUGCGGGACGCAGCUCUCUCUUGGAACAGAACGCAGUGGAUAAACUGAUUGUGCAAGAGAAAAGGACGAACGAAGCUUUUUCCUCGGAGACCUGGAUCUUAACACAAAUGUGUAUAUGUGCGCAUAAGGGGCACUGAAAAAUCCAAUAAACCAGUUUCAGACCCGCGGGAGUUGGUGUGCUCUGACAUAAAUAAAUAAUAAUCAAACAGCUGCCCCCCUCCUCCCCAAAAGGAUGAUUGGAAAUGGAGAACCGAGGAUCCACAAAGAAAAAGUAUGUUCAUUUUUCUCUAUACAGGAGAAAGUAAGCCAAGGAGAUAUUUUUGAAAUGAAAAGUUUGGGGUAUUUUUAGGACAGUAAAGACCUGAUAUGGUGGUGGUUUCUUUUUGAAUUUCCCACAAGAGGAGAGCAGAUUAAUAAUACAUCUGCAAAGAAAUUCCGGAGAAGAAAAGUUGAACGCGGCAGGAUGAGGCAUUGAUUGGGGGAGAGAAACCAGCAGAGCACAGUUGGAUUUGUGCCUGUGUUGACUAAAAUUGAUGGAUAAUUGCAGUUGGAUUUUUCAUCAACCUCUUUUUUGUUUUUGUGUUUUUCUUUUUUUUCUUUUUGGUGUCAAGAUCAUGUGUUUUCACUUGUUCUUAACCACCUGGAUUUCCAUCUGGAUGUUGCUGUGAUGAGUCUGAAAUACAAUCAUGAAACUGAGGCUGAGAGAGAGGGGACUUGCCCAGAGUUACUCAGCUAGUCAGUGACAGACAACAGUGGAUCUUGUGAUUGUCAAACACGUUGCCUGUUUACAGCAUGGAGACCACAAUAGAGAGCUAGACUAUUUGAACUCCAGAAGGACCAACACCAGAUAAAGUAUGAAUGUUGAACAAGAUGACCUUACAUCCACAGCAGAUAAUGAUAGGUCCUAGGUUUAACAGGGCCCUAUUCGACCCCCUGCUUGUGGUGCUGCUGGCUCUUCAGCUUCUUGUGGUGGCUGGUCUGGUGCGGGCUCAAACCUGCCCUUCCGUCUGCUCCUGCAGCAACCAGUUCAGCAAAGUGAUUUGCGUUCGAAAAAACCUACGUGAGGUUCCAGAUGGCAUUUCCACAAACACUCGGCUGCUGAACCUCCAUGAGAACCAAAUUCAGAUCAUCAAAGUGAACAGCUUCAAGCACUUGAGGCACCUGGAAAUCCUACAGUUGAGUAGGAAUCAUAUUAGAACAAUUGAAAUUGGGGCCUUCAAUGGUCUGGCGAACCUCAACACUCUGGAACUCUUUGACAAUCGUCUUACUACCAUCCCAAAUGGAGCUUUUGUAUAUUUGUCUAAACUGAAGGAGCUCUGGUUGCGAAACAACCCCAUCGAAAGCAUCCCUUCUUAUGCUUUUAACAGAAUCCCUUCUUUGCGCCGGCUGGACUUAGGGGAAUUGAAGAGGCUUUCGUACAUCUCAGAAGGUGCCUUUGAAGGUCUGUCCAACUUGAGGUAUUUGAACCUUGCCAUGUGCAAUCUCCGGGAAAUCCCUAACCUCACGCCACUCAUAAAACUAGAUGAGCUGGAUCUUUCUGGGAAUCAUUUGUCUGCCAUCAGGCCUGGCUCCUUCCAGGGCUUGAUGCACCUUCAAAAACUAUGGAUGAUACAGUCCCAGAUUCAAGUGAUUGAACGGAAUGCCUUUGAUAACCUUCAGUCCCUAGUGGAGAUCAACCUGGCACACAACAAUCUAACGUUACUGCCUCAUGACCUCUUCACACCCUUGCAUCAUCUAGAGAGGAUACACUUACAUCACAACCCUUGGAACUGUAACUGUGACAUCUUGUGGCUCAGCUGGUGGAUAAAAGACAUGGCCCCCUCCAACACAGCUUGUUGUGCCCGAUGUAACACUCCUCCCAAUCUGAAAGGGAGGUACAUCGGGGAGCUCGACCAGAAUUAUUUCACAUGCUAUGCUCCUGUGAUUGUGGAGCCCCCGGCAGACCUUAAUGUCACUGAAGGCAUGGCAGCUGAGCUGAAAUGUCGGGCCUCCACCUCCCUGACCUCCGUAUCGUGGAUUACUCCAAAUGGAACAGUCAUGACCCACGGGGCGUACAAAGUGAGGAUAGCUGUGCUCAGCGAUGGCACGUUAAAUUUCACAAAUGUAACUGUGCAAGAUACAGGCAUGUACACAUGUAUGGUGAGUAAUUCUGUUGGAAAUACCACUGCUUCAGCCACCCUGAAUGUUACUGCAGCAACCACUACUCCCUUCACUUACUUUUCAACCGUUACAGUUGAGACUAUGGAACCUUCUCAGGAUGAGGCACGGACCACAGAUAACAACGUAGGUCCCACUCCAGUGAUUGACUGGGAAACCACCAAUGUGACCACCUCUCUCACGCCACAGAGCACAAGGUCAACAGAAAAAACAUUCACCAUCCCAGUGACUGAUAUAAACAGUGGGAUCCCAGGAAUUGAUGAGGUCAUGAAGACUACCAAAAUCAUCAUUGGCUGUUUCGUGGCCAUCACACUCAUGGCUGCAGUCAUGCUGGUCAUUUUCUACAAGAUGAGGAAGCAGCACCAUAGGCAAAACCAUCAUGCCCCAACAAGGACUGUUGAAAUCAUUAAUGUGGAUGAUGAGAUUACAGGAGACACACCCAUGGAAAGCCACCUGCCCAUGCCUGCUAUUGAGCAUGAGCACCUAAAUCACUAUAACUCUUACAAAUCUCCCUUCAACCACACAACAACAGUUAACACAAUAAAUUCAAUACACAGUUCAGUGCAUGAACCGUUAUUGAUCCGAAUGAACUCUAAAGACAAUGUACAAGAGACUCAAAUCUAAAACAUUUACAGAGUUACAGAAAACAAACAAAAGACAGUUUAUUAAAAAUGACACAAAUGACUGGGCUAAAUCUACUGUUUCAAAAAGUGUCUUUACAAAAAAAAAACAAAAAAGAAAAGAAAUUUAUUUAUUAAAAAUUCUAUUGUGAUCUAAAGCAGACAAAAUUAUGUGUAUUCCUCAGAACCUGUUUUUGCUGCACUUAUUUACUAUUUCCCCACAUCUCGUCCCUACCUUCCCUGAUUGCCAUAUUUUUCAUAGGAGAUCUCAAUUCCCUAAGAAGCUGGUCUAGAAAAUUUUGUAAGAAUUCUGUUACACUUGAGAUUUUUAUGGUGAAUUCUAGUGGUGAGAUCCAGUCUAUUUUGUCUUUUUUUCUCUUUUAUUUUCCCCCUCAUCUCCUUAUAAGUAGUCCAUUGGGGAAUGCAAUAUUAGAAAUAGAUUUUUAAGAGAGAAUGAGGAAAAAAAAUGCAAGAUCUUAUAUUUUUCAUGUAAUGACCUGUUCUGUAUUUAUGAGGAGGACCAAUCAAUGGAAAAAGAAAAAGAAAAAGAAAAAAAAAAAGAGUAAGCAAACAGAUUAAUUUACAUAUGAACAUCUAUAAAACCCAUGAUCUUUUAAACAACUCUAGAACCAGAAUUUGUAGUUCAAAAGCUAAAAAUAAGAUUAUAAAUAAAAUAUUGUUGGUUUUUCUGUACCUGGACACAACUCAUUUGUAGUAUGGCUCAAAUGUGAGAAAGUUGAAGGUAAUUAUAUUUACUACUUUCUAAGAAAGAAAAUACUACAGUACUCCUCAAUCACAGCAUCAGUCUCCAUGGGGUCCUAUUUCAUUGGUUGACUUGAGUUUUGGAUCUAUAUAUUCAAGGAUGCUGUGGUAUUUUUCCCUCUCAUUAGGGUCACCCUUUGUAGAAU